AUGAGUUAUACAAAAAUUUUCGGGUACCGCAUACCCGAAAAUGUUGGGGUCUGUAAAUCAGGCCAAAGAAUAGGCGACCCUUAUAUCCUAAAUGCACCGACUUAUUGUAUUUAUUUGCGGGUGUCAGGAUUCAUAACAUACGGCGCGUGUAACAAUGCGAUUGCUACGAUCGAUUUGAAUUUCGAUAAUGUUCUCCUCGCACAAAAUGGACUUGGUUGGCCCUCGCAGUUAAAAGUAGCCAAAGGGAAUGAGGCUCUCAUGAAAUUGAGAAUACCUUUGGCCAAUCAGCGUGCAUGUCUUGUUACUGAUCCCGCUGGUAAUGAAUUUGAUGUUCAACAGCCCCCUAAUAAUAGGUACCAGAAAUGGGGCGAUGGAUGUGGAAUUCGAGUAAAAAACAUCAAACAAGAGGACGAAGGACGUUGGCGCUUGACUGCCAGUAAAGCCAACGACUCCAUCGUGGGAUGGAUUGAGUUGGAUGUGUUAGACAUAACAUCGCCUGAAGCAGCACCGCCAAUAUCGCUCCAGGACGGAGAGACUCACACGCAAGUGGCUUUGUCAUCAAUAGACAACGCGUAUUGCGUAGUGGCUAAACCCUUCGCAGAGAGCUCUUUAGUGCCCGGACAAUGUACCGUGACUCUUGAUAGGACGACUAGAGCUGUACAAGGGAAUUGGCAAGUGUUCCUGGGUUUGCCGGGAAGAGUGUCUGAGGUGCAGACGAAGAGGCACGUUACAGUUCAAACUGAACGACUAGACGUCGGGUACGUGCAUGACGCGGCACAAAGGCUACAUCUGUACUGUAACAUUCUACAUUCCAACAAGGAGAUUACCUUCUGUCGGUUCCAGAAGACAUCCAAUCCCUAUGGAUACAACGUUGUUGACGGUCUCAGCGAUGGCAGCUACAGUUACUUCGGCGAUGGUUUCGAACUUAAACAGUGUGGGAUCACCAUAGAGAAACCAUCGGCAAAAGACUACGCAACAUGGCGAUGUUCAGUUGGCGUACAAAUCAAAGUUGGAAAUGCUAUGCAGCAGCAAACCCCGAUGCAAGCUUUGAUUAGCGUCACCGCACCGAACAUUAAAAGUUUAGGAAAUUUGGAGAAGAAUGAAGGUACAAUCAGAAACGUAUUUGUUCAAAAAGACUCGCCGUUUACAAUAUCAUGUAACGCUGGAAUAUCUCUCAGAUACUGUUGGUUCCAACAUCCAAAUGGAACUCAGUUCACGCCAGUAAGACUUGCUAAUGAAGAACAAUUGUUCUGGUAUACCGGCGAAAGUCUCGAAGUGGGGGAAUGUGGUAUAACCUUCGCACAUUCUAACGAAUCUGACAGUGGCAAAUGGUCAUGCUUCAUGGGUCCAAAGCUUAAUACAGGAAUCGAAAUAAAAGAUCAAGUUGAAGUUCGAGUUACUGGACCACUGGCUGCAAAUCUCAAAGAGGUUCCUGUAAUCGUCGGAGAAAAUGCAACUUUGUAUUGUAAAACAUCGAAUGGAAGAAGAGCGUUGAAGUACUGUAGAUUCCUUUCACCCCAGCUUGUGGGCAUGAGUGUAGACUCUUCUGUAACGCCGGAGAACGCGAUAUUAGCCCGUUUCUUUUUUACCACCGGCCGGGAUCUGAACUUUGGCGAUUGUUCCCUGAGUAUAACUUCUGUUCAAGAGGAAGAUAUAGGUACAUGGACUUGUGCUGCAGUUGUUGACAACGAGAUACUUGAGUCGAGGGAUAGCAUACGAGUUUUUCUUGGUGUGGCACCCCGUCGUCCCCGAUUACAAGCUGGCAUCAUCGGAACAAGUGCUGGUCUAUCGGUACUUGUGGUAAUCCUUAUCGGCUACGUUACAUAUAAACGAGGUUGGAUACAGCGUUUGCUUACUCUACGCAUCCGAAGGGCGACUACGAAUACCGAGGCUGUAGGAGAUUAUGCCUUCCAAUCUCGUAGCUCUGCACAGGGAAGCAUUAGCAGUACUAUCUUAGGAAGUGUUAGUAGCGGAAGCAGCGAGGAAUCAGUCGGAGCUAGUGCUUAA